AUGGGAGGGGUUGGAAAGACAACUAUGGCCCAACACAUCUGCAAGGAUACAAAUGUGAAGAAUCACUUUGGUGCCAAAAAUAUAAUUUGGACAUGUGUUUCAGAUGACUUUGACAUAAAACGGUUAACGAAAGACAUUGUAGAGCGCCUGGGAGGAGAUGCUUCAUCUAAUAGUCUGGAAGUUCUUAUGGGUAAAUUAGAAGGCUGCGUCAAGUCCAAAAAGUUCUUACUUGUCCUUGAUGACAUGUGGGAUGAUAUCUUGAAGGAUGAUGGGGUGGAAUGGAAGAGGUUUUGUGCGCCUUUGAAAAAUGGCGUCGAAGGAAGUAGGAUUUUGGUCACCACUAGAUCUCCCGAGGUUGCUAAGCUAGUUGGCCCUAUGAAUAAUUAUGAGUUAAAGGGCUUAAAAGACGGUGUAUUCUUGGAGUUCUUCAAAUUCUGUGCAUUUGGAUCCAAGACUUUGGGCAACAACAGGGAGUCGUUGGAGCGCAUUGGUGAAAUAAUUGUUCGAAAGUUGAAGGGUUCCCCAUUGGCUGCCAAGACUAUUGGACGCUUGCUGAGAAUGGAUCUAAGUACAACACAUUGGGGAAAUAUAAUGGAAAGUGAACUGUGGCGAUUAGAACAAACAGAGACCGACAUUUUGCCAGCCCUUCGACUGAGUUAUAUGUACCUGCCGCAGAAAUUGAAAAGAUGCUUCUCAAUCUGUGCAAUGUUUCCCAAGGAUUACAAAUUUGCGAAGGAUUUUCUAGCUGACAUUUGGAUUGCACUAGGAUAUGUGGAGUCAGCCCAAGAAGCAUCAAUGUGCUUUGAUGCCCUUGCAAAUCGUUCUUUCUUUCAGAAAGCAUCACCACAUAGUGUUAAGUAUGUAAUUCAUGAUCUGAUGCAUGAUACGGCACAACUAGUCUCAAAGAAUGAGUGCUUCAUUAUAAAGCAUGCUAGUGACCUAGAUAAAGUUCCUUCAAACGUCCGUCAUCUGUCAAUAUUCACGAACGGAGAUGUUCAGUGUUCUGAAUUGAAGAGCAUAUGUAACAAGAAAAAUCUGCGGUCCCUGGUGUGCGAUGAAUCAUACAGCAAAGCAAAAGAUUUUGAGUCUAUGAUGGACUGUUGGUUCAAGGAACUAUUG